UUGAACAGUCAGAACUCUUGUUUCUCCUGGCAAAAAAACACUGUUUUGGAUCAUUAUUGGUCAAAUUCUGUGAUGAAUCUUCUAAGGGUCAGUGAGUGCCAUUCUCUGAAUGGCCACUAUGGCCUUAGAAAGAAUACUUUUCCAUCCAGAUGCUUUCAAGAUUACUACGUCGAAGGAGUGAGCUUGUCUAAAAAGAAAUGUACCCAAACCAUGACUACUGGUGUGAAAGGGGACAGAUCUACUGCACAGGCUCCUCAGCUAUCUGUCUCCACUGAGGCUAGCAGCAACAGCGGUCGCGCACCACUGAUCCUGCGCAUAAAAAGAACUGGACUUCCAGGUUCCUGUUGUGGAUACGUCUCAGAGCUUGUUUUCCCCUCCAUGCAAGAUGGAUUUCAGGCCACUAUCAACGGAUGCAAGCCAACUCGGCUGCUGAUUUCAGGAAAAGAAGAGGCUGAUGUGCAGGAAACAAACACUGGAGAAUGUGCACUGUUGGCCGAGGAGAAAUCUGGUGCGUCAACGGCAACACUUGAGAAGACACUUGAGGUUGAUUCCAUCUUCCACCAUUCCAUUCCCCAGCAGAACACUGUCCAACAGGCUGGAUCCACAACCCCGGGAGCUCCAGUAGUUCAAAAAAAGAAGUUCAGGUAUCACCAGGAUCAUACCUAUUGCAAAAUCCGACCCCAGGAAAGUCUAAUCCCUGGCCAUGUGGAAAGCUGUGAGACCAAAAGUCGGAAGAGGAAGCAGGCCAAUCCUUGCCGUAUAGUGCCCUGUGAGGUGAAGACCCAGCCCCUGCAUGUCCAACAGCCUGGCCACCAGGGAAUCUCCAGAUCAGGACUGGAAACCCAGCCUGGUGACAGCAGCAAUCAUGUUGCCAGCUGUGAGACCCAGAGACGGAGGCGCAAGCAGGCCAGCCCUCGCCACGUUAUGGUGGAUGCAGAUGGCGGAAUCUGGGUAUCAGAGUCCUACUGCGGUGCCACCCUGAAGCCUCACGCAACUCUCUUUGAUGUGGACACUGUUAAUGUGAACACAGUCCAACAGGCUGGAUCCACAACCCAAAGAGCUCCAGUGGUUCAAAAGAAGAAGGUGAGGGACCACCAGGAUCAUACAUAUUGUAAAGUAUAUAUCCAGCCAAGUGCCAUCACUGGCCAUGUGGAAAGCUGUGAGUCCAAUGGUCGGAGAAAGAAGCAGGUCAACCCUUGCUGCAUUGUGCGUCAUGAAGUGCAGACCCAGGCCCAGCAUGUCAAACAGCCUAGCCAUCAAAGCAUCUCCACACCAGUCCAUACCCAGGCAAGUGGCAUCACAGGCCAUGUGGAAAGCUGUGAGACCAAAAGCGGCCCAAGCUGUCAGAUUCAAGCACGGAGGUGCAAACAGAGCAGCCCUCGCCACGUUAUGGUGGAUGCAGAUGGCAGAGUCUGGAUAUCAGAGUCUUACGGCAGUCCCACUCUGAAGCCUCAUCCACCUGUCACUGAUGUGGACUUUAGUGAGGAGCCAAUGCCUGGACAGCCAGAGAGAAAGAGGGCAAGGCGAUGAAUUCAUACAGAAUAGAUAACAUGAUAAUACAAGAUAAUGAUGAACUGUUAUGAUACUACAAGACAAUCAAGAACUUAUUUCAAGAUAAUGAUGAACUUUAAUUAUUCUACGGAACAAUGAUGAACUUACAGUAUAAUGAGCAUGCUACAAAUAAUGAACUUUAACUGUAUUACAAGAAAAUCAAGGACUAUCACAUAAAAAUGCUAUACAGACA